GCUUCUUUUCCCUCUCUUCUCUGCACCAAAGAUUCUGCAGAAAGCAACCAAAAAUGCGAAGCUGCAUCAACCUCUGGAUCGUGGCGGCACUCGUCAUCCCCGUGCUCCUCACUCUCAGAAGCCCUCGAGGCGAAACCCAAACCCAAACCCAAACCACUUCUUCUUUCUCCGAUUCUUCUACCUUCUCCGUGAAGCUUGCGAACUCAUUUCCAUUCAACCAAAGGAUCCGAGAUGGGUCGAAUCUCGAAUACGACUUCUACAUGGAUACGUGUCCCCAAGCGGAGGGUGUUGUUCGUUCGGCGCUCACUCGCAUCUACUUCGACCACAGGGACGUUGCACCUGCUCUUCUUCGUCUCUUCUUCCACGAUUGCUUCAUCGAGGGGUGUGAUGCUUCGUUGCUGUUGGAUGAGAACAAUGGUGAUAGAAACCUUUCCGUGGAGAAGCAGGCCGUGCCGAAUCAGACAUUGAGAGGUUUUGACAAAAUUGACUUGAUCAAGGAAGAGGUGGAGCAAGCAUGUCCCGGGGUUGUGUCUUGUGCUGACAUACUUGCUCUUGCAGCAAGAGAUUCCAUUGUUUUGGCUGGUGGACCUUUCUAUCCAGUUUUAACAGGCAGAAGGGAUAGCCAUCAAUCAUUUUUCGAGGAAGCAACUGAUCAGAUUCCCAGACCUGAUGAUAACGUUACACGCACACUUAAUCUCUUCAAUCUCAGAGGAUUUAAUGCAAGAGAAACAUUCCCCAUUCUUAAUAAGUUGUAA